CUACGGAAGCGAAAAGGAACUGCGCACACCCAGAGGUGGUGGAAUAGGAGGACGAGGAGGAGAAAGAGCAGGAAAAAGAGGCAGAGUAGGAGUAGGAGUAGGAGUAGGUAGGAGGAGGAUACAGCAAGAGGACAGAAGCGACGGGCUAGGCCAACCGUCUACACCGUGAAUUGCCCGAUCGGGAAUGAAUAAUCUCGCGCAUAGGUGGUGCCCGACGCGAAGCAUUUGGACAUGUGACUAAGGGUGAGUGCAUCAUCGAGGUGCAUCUUCGUGGUGCACUGCUACUCGUAUUUCACGGUUAAACACGUGGUCCCGUCCUCCGAUGCAUCUUUCGAACGCUGAAUGGACACCGUUCGGGCAAGACACAGCGUAUGGAUAGAUAAUUUUUGACAAAGAGGAAACGUGCGGCAUGAGUCUGCCGCGUCCUUCCCUGAAGGGAUACUUUUUCUACGUGCUAUUCUUCUCCGGUUUGCUGCUAGUUAUCCUGAAUCUACUACAGGACGAAAUAUGGCAUCGUAUGCGACCUCAUCCUGGACAAUCUCAACCGGUUCGAGUUUCCGAUACCAAGAUCAAGCAAAAUUGGCCUGCAAAAUUGAAGAAACCGACAAUGCAUGUUUCGCAGACUCGAGAAAAAAUGGAGAAAAAGCUUCUAUCCGAGGUAUCCAACCUAACCGGCACGACGAUUUUAACACGCAACAGUCUAGAAUUGAUGGAUCCAUCGAAAAGACCUUGGUAUAUGAAAGGAGGGACCAGGAGGCCUUAUCCUGCCAUAAAAUCGCAUCGUACUGGCCGCAGAUUGGCGCGUUUGUGGCCCGACGAAGACGCUUACGACGAUCGUGUUACCAAUCAAUUGAUGUAUGUACCGACUGAUUAUAAUAAAACUGGUGUCGAUCGUCCAUUGAAAAAGAUAAUGGUUCCACAUGGUAUGCCCGAGGCAAAAGUCGGUCCCGACAUAUUUCUUCAGCAUCGAUGUCCAGUAAAUACUUGUAUCAUCGUCAGAGAUAACGCCGAAGAUGCUGAUUUAAUCUUAUUUAAAGACUACAUAACGCACGUGGGAAGAAGAUCUGCGAGUCAGCAGGUGUGGAUGCUGUAUUUUUUAGAGUGCCCUUAUCACACGCAGAGCGUGAAGAACGCUGUCAUCAAUUGGACGGCAACUUAUCGUCGUGACAGCGACAUAGUCGCGCCCUAUGAAAGAUGGCAAUAUUACGACUCUAGUGUCACGCAAAUACCGCAGACUUUUAAUUACGCAGCCAACAAGACUAAAAAGGUAGCAUGGUUCGUUUCUAAUUGUCAUCCACGAAAUCAGCGUAUGCAUUACGCGAAAGAGCUUUCGAAAUACAUCCAAGUGGACAUCUAUGGAACCUGUGGCUCCUUGCGAUGCCCACGUUCGCAAUCUCAAGCGUGCUUCGAUAUGCUCGACGAAGACUACAAAUUUUAUCUAGCUUUCGAGAAUUCCAACUGCAAGGAUUAUAUUACGGAAAAGUUCUUCGUCAAUGGUCUCGGACACAACGUUCUGCCGAUCGUAAUGGGUGCGCAUCCAACGGAUUACGCUCGCAGCGCUCCUUACCGCUCGUACAUUCACGUGGAUGAGUUUGAGUCGCCGAAAGAGCUUGCCGAGUAUCUUCAUCGUUUGGACCGAGACGACGAAUUGUACAAUUCGUACUUUCGUUGGAAAGGUACCGGCGAGUUUAUCAACACGUACUUUUGGUGCCGUGUUUGCGCCAUGUUGCACGACGACCGGCCGCCAAAAUUUUACAAGGACGUGAACGAAUGGUGGAGAGGCGAUGGAAUAUGCACGACGACUUCGUGGCGCGAACACGAUUCGGUUCGUGCAGGAAACUUGAAAAACACUUGAAACGUUCUUCGCAAAGUUCCGUUGAUAUACGUGAAAGGACGCGGUGCGUCUGAACGUCUAUACGCGAGAAUCGACUGGAUUUACAAAGGCCACGUGGAAAGUUUUAUCGCUAAGAAGCGGUAUGUUCGAGAACGAUUCGUUCUGUCACUUAUCCUUGAUCGUGUAACGAAUUUGUUGCGGUUGCGAUUGCGGUUGCGAUGCUCAAAAAAAAAAAAAGAAAAAAGAAAAACUACCCAUGGAUUCCGAGGAAUCCGAUGUUAACGAGACGUUCGAGUCGAAGUUAAACGACGCCGACGCGACCCGACGUCUGGUUAGUCCGUUAAUCGAUAAAAAGACUGCCGACUACGAAUUUGAUGAAACGCAAAGACCGAAUUUGUAUUUUUCGACGAGCAACACGGACUUUUACGUGCAACGAUCGACAACCGAUUCCCCACUUUAGAGGUACGGUUACUCGUGUUUUUACGGUGACUAUAAAACGCCGGUGUUCUUUCUUUUUUUAGCGACAGUAACGAUCCGAGUCUUGACUCUGGUCGAUUACUUCGUUGAAUAUUUAUCGCAAUUUCUAUUGGAACAAAUCUCUUCUUUCAAAAUUUAUCACCAUCGAUCUUCGAACUUCUUUGACUAUAUCGAUUAUCAAAUUAGUUACGCACAGAGUAAAUUGCUUCGGCAUAUCGCUUACCGACAAUGACAAUUUUUCGAACGUUCCUUCGAAAUUCGUAUAGGUACACGUAAGACUCUCGUUCUAGUCUUUUGUGGAUUGUUUUGAAAAUUUCAUAUUCAAAUUAGACGUUUGUAAAACGUUAUUUUCGUAAAGCGUAUUACCACGAUCGUGGUAAUUUGACGAGACAAUGUUUUAUACGAUUAUUAAUAAAUUACGAAUAUCGACGUAGUUAGUGGAAAAUUAAUAACGUAUUUGAAGAGACGCUGACUAUACACGCUACACGUUCUUGAUUCAAAUUUCAAGAAAUAUACGCGUUUGUCGAUUCGCAAAGCGUAUGCAAAUUAUAUACACGCAAAUCGUAUAGUUGUCGACUAUACGUCUCAUUGAAUCCGUGUCUAAACUCGCCUUUAAUAGCACGGAACGCGUAUUUCGUUAAAACGCAAAAGUAACUUUACUUUGACUGUAUUCUUCAUAUAACAUACAGACAGACUAUCAACAAUUUGCUGUUUUUAUCUUCGAAAUUUCAACGAUAUAACGAUGAAAGAAUUGGCAAGUAAAUUAUAAUUGUUUGCAAGAAUCGAAGUAAGAGGAAAACUGUAGGUUUUGAAAUUAAUUUCUUCUAAAUAUACAUAUAUAUAUAUAUAUAUAUAUAUAUAUAUAUAUAUAUAUAUAUAUAUAUGUAAAUAAAGUGUAACAAGAUGGCAAUUAUUCUUUUGAAAAUGAAAGAGAGCAAUACUUUUUCGCAGCUCACGCUCAACGGACGUGUUGGAUUAUCAUUACGCUUAACACAUGGAAAAUGCGAAAUCUGUACGACGAUACAAAGCUGGACGAUAACGCGCAGGUUAAUAUAAUUUUAAAUGUUCCUCGUAACGACACGAUAUCAAUUUUAUCUUUAUCCCGGUAUUCGGAUAAAUAUUCAUGUGGGUUCGAAUGCGGAUUGUACGUUCGUUAUAUACGCCACAAGGUAGCUACGAAAAUCUGUUGCUUUAACAAUCUUUUCGUCGCACACAUUUUAUCGCUGAUAGAUACCUACGGAUGCCUUUUAUAAAUACAUGUUGUUGCGUAUCUAUCAUAGGUGUAUGUAUAAAUCUGUCGAACCUAAGGACUCCUUGUUUUAGGAAAUUUGCUUUAUUAGUUUAUCGACUUAUCGCGUAUGUACGAAAAACGAUUGUCUCUGUAUGAAAAUUUAACUUUAAAGUUGAAUCGGAAAAGUCGAAUAUAGGGAUUUACGAUUGUAUUUAUAAUUGUAUAACGAGUGUAAUAUAAAAUCGUAUAAAUGGCGACAAAGAUGAAUCAUCGCGUCGUUCAAAGUACGUUUAAUGGAUAGUGUCAUUGCCGCAUUCUCUGUAGUAUCUCGUGUAUGUACAUUUCUAUGAUCUACAUAGCGCGUACAAAGAUAGCGUGGAACGAAUUAUCUGUAAAUUAACUCUAGAUUAAGUCUUUCAAGGUGUGAUGUUUACGAUCGUACUUGUUAAUAGAUAGAAGUAGUUGGGAUAAAUAUCAAAGUCAAUGUGCUACGACCAGGAUAAUAAUUUGUUGGAAUAUUCUCAAACUUUAAACAUAAUCGUGUGAAAAAAUAGUUUCGCAUGUUCUGAGAUUAUUGAAGUUUACGAGCGGAAUUGAUAUACGCGUAGUAAAUGUAAGAAAAUGUUUGCACAUAGCUGAACAUUGUUUACCCUUUGUAUCAUACGUAUACAACUAUUUACAUUAGUUCGCAGUAUGGAAUUUAUUAGAUUCGAACCUACACGGAUAAGUAUCGUGUUAGGCAAAUCGAUGUUUGACAACUGCGAUCUACCGUAAUCGAUCAUUGAACACGUUACAGCUGUGUCGUAUUUUCUAAAGAUUUCCACCUCUUGUUCGUCGAAUCAUUGCGCGAGUCGCGCGAGGAAAAGAAAUAGCCGUUGAGAAGAUCUUUUCGUCAACAUUCGUAUACCGUAACAUAGGUACGCUGUUAAUCGGGUUCUGUACGCGAGUCCUACUAAAUAUCGAUAACGGGUAACGUUCGUUGUUCAACGUUACCAAAACUACUGUCAUUAGGUAACGAUCAUUUUCGAUUCACGUUCAACGUCGAUGGGUACUCGAUACGUUAUACGUGUACAGUCGUUAUUUGUAAAAUAUCGCAUCAAGUACGCGAGACUUUCGCGAGAUCUAGUCAAACGUGACCUUAUCGAGAAACUUUUUCGAGUCAUUCUCGUCGCUACGUACGCAACGUGUACCUGUUCAAACGAGUCCUAGUAUAACUUACUUUGAAUUUAAUUAACGUAAUAUUAAGUUAAUUUAUAUAGCUGUUUAAAUAGUUGUUCGUCGAACGAAUCGUUGCGUGCUCUAUCCGUUAAUUAUAGGUACAUGGUAAUUUUCCAACGAUUACGACUAUUUCACGAGCAAACUUUAUUCGUCGCACGAUAAUAAUUAUGAUUAAAGGCACGAAUAUUUAUAUCGAUUUAUUUCAAACUUAUAGACGUUUCUUUAAACACGCUCGACUUUCUGUAAAGAACGUACCAGUUUGUUCGAUUCUUUUACAUUAUACUUCGUUCAAACGUGUACGUUUCGAAAACGUACGUUUUUUUCCGUAGUAAUUACUAUCGCGACAAAUAAAACUUGCUAUCGAUAUAAUUAUCAUCGGUGCUGAAUAACAAUUUCAAAUAUCGAAUGUACCGCGUGCUGCGUAUUAUCAUCACUAUCUGCAAGAUUCGUUAAUUUGCAAAAGACUAUUUUGAUAACGCAAUUAUUCGCCAAGAAGUUUUAACAGUUUCGUUGUUUACCGAUGCGUAAGCGCGUACAUACGCGAAAGCAAUUUUUGUGCGUUGCAUAUAUAGAAUACCAGACUUCCUCUUUGAUCAUUUCUGGUAUUUUACGUUUUAUUGCUUACGUCGAGCAACUUUUUUCAAAUUGUACUUUUCGUAGUAUCGUUUGAAUAUUUUCGUAAACUACGAUAAUUUGUAAAACGCGAUAUCGUUUCAGAGAUCAAGAAGAGAAAGACAGAAGAAAAUUGGAGAAGAUAUUACACGUUUCUUGAUACGUUUCUACAAAUUUUAUUUGAACAGAAGAAGAAUCGCGUUUGAAUCAACUUGAUCGCUCGUAAUUUCGAUUUCACUUUAAAUAUGAUUAAUUUCCUAUCAAGCACAUAUCGAUCGAUCGAUAAAUAAUAAUUAAACGUUAACUAUCGGUUGAAAACAGAUUAUAAACAGCUAUUACGUGACGUGAGAUUUCGCGAACGACAAGUACGAUUAUCGAAACGAAUCUCGUUGUUGCACGAGCACGAAGAGGUACGCAUAUUGCGCGAGGAAGUCACUUUUCGCUUCCAUUCUUCCACAAAACACAGUUACACGAAUAUCGAAACGAUGGUGUAUCGGCUAAAGAUUUCCAUCUUACACCGGUAUAUAUUCGCAUACGGUAGUAACGCAAAUCGUCAUGUUGUUCAGUUUAUCCGUUUUGCUCGUUAUCUAACCGUUCGUUCAGAGUCGAGAUCGCGAUAUCUCGAUCGAGUGAUUAAUUUCCCACUCGUUGUCGUCGUUAAAACUUGUAUCGAUAGCAUGGGGUUGUAAACCAAAUGAUCCUAGAUAAAUUAUUUCUAUUUUUAUGCGCGUUGCAGAGUUCCAUGCUCUACGAAUCGUGCGCUUUUUAUCAACGAUAGUUAACUUUCGGGUGUACGUAGUCCUCGAUGUUCGGUAAAAGAAAAGUUGACAAAAGUUGGUCGAGAUUAGCACGUCGAUAACAAAAAAUGCGAUAAAAUAUCGUUAAAACUGUAAAAGUAUUCGUGUACAUCGAACGCAUGAUUGCGAAGAAAGUUACGGUUAAAGUACAGUGAAAAGAUAAAGCCUGUCGCGACUAAUUGUAAGACGUUCCAUUGCCGAGAUCCGUUUAUUAACCUUUACCUGUUCGUUACUUGUUUCGAUCGUACGGUAGACGCUAAUGCCAAAUACCUACUGUAAAGUAAGGGUAAAUGUAAGUUCAAAAUGCGGACGAAUUAGCGAGGAUAUACAGAACUUACUCGUAAGAUUAGCACAGCUCAAAACGUAUAGCUCAAAAAUGCAAAACGUUCGAUUGUUUUAGUUCAAAGCGUUCUUGUUGGCUCAAAAGAAAAUCGAUACGAGGCAAUGUUGUUUCUGUAGUGUAGGAAUGUCGCACGAACGCAAAUACGAUAUGGAAUGCACGCGUAAAACUGUACUACAAGCGGAUUACUUCACGGUGGAUUUUACCACAGCUUCUAAUCGGUUCCUACGUAACGUCGAUCUUUCGGAGUGCGCACAACCAAGCUAGAUAAUCGUAUAAUUAAGCAACGACUUAUCGAUCGAACCCGACAGAGAUCGAACGAUCGGCUGCAGAAUCGAACGAAAGGCUCCGAUUACGCGACUGAUCGUUUCGAGAAUACGUGUCCGCGCGCGAACACGAGUUAGAGAUAUUUUAUUAUUUGAACUUUCACUUUCUUUUUUCGAGCAAUUAGCGAAUUCAUUUGGAAAUUAUAUGGAAUUAAGAGGUACGUUACGAACUCGAACGUAAGCGAGUAGUACCAUUGUUCUAAAAAGCUUUGAUUCUAUUAUGCGUAACGAAGUACCGACGAGUACACUCGCGUAGACGAUUAUUUCGCUUCGACGUUGACGAUAUUUUCUAUACAAGUACCUAUAUAUGUACAUAUAUUUUACAAAUAUCUACGGUGAAAAAUUCAGAAAGAUAUCGAUGUCGAAUCAAGAACCAAUUAAGUUAUUUAUUCCUUCGUCGACGUUUACGUUAGUUAUCGUUGUUUGUUUGCCAAUUAUUUAAAUAUAUCACGUUACACGUUCGUUCGAUAUUUUAACUUUAUUUAACUACACAUAAUAUACUGAUGUAACAGUUAGUUUAACAGCUAGGUUGGUUAUACGCGACCGUUUAGAUAAAAUUAUCAAGCUUUGAUACUUGUUAGCGCGGCACAUGAAAAUUUCGUGAAAUAAUCAAUAUCCAUAGAAUCGUAGAAAUUUGAAUAAUAACUAUGGAAUUCAAAGCGUACUUUGAAAAUCGUGAUAUGUGCUUUAUCGAUUCUUUACUACUUAUUGAUUAUUGGUGCUGUUUGUAAUAAUCGGUGCUGGUGUACGCCAUAUUUAGACCACAUAUUUUCGUUAUAGAGAUUUAGCGUGUAAGAAUUAGCGGCCGAAAAUGAUACAUAAAACGCAAUAGAAUAGGUAAAAUUUUCUUCUUUUGCUUUCCAGCGAAUCUUUCUUCCAUUUGUUGACGUACAAAAUUAGAAUAGCGUAUCCUAGCGUACCAAAGCUCUAGGAAAUCGAAGAGAAAAACUAUAGCGGAAUCAGGUGCACCUUUUCGUUUUUCACAAAGCAAGUGUGAAUCGUUGUUUCGUUAUAUUCGAAAUACGUACUUGUAUUAAUAUUAUAUACAUGCGUAUUAUGUUAUAGAUCAGUGCUAUCCGAGUUUUACGAGUAGUACCGAUACUUUGUCUUAUUUAUCGAAUUAUGCAGCGCAGAAUAACACGUAUCGUUUUUAUCGCGUGAAAUUUUUAUCUCGAAUAAUCGGUUGUUUACAGAACCUCUAAAGGGCUGGAUCACGUUUGAUUAUAAUCGAAAAACACUCUUACGCGGCUUUACGAUUAAGAAGUGUCUCGAUACGAAACGGUCGAAAAAGGGAAUAACCUGAUCGAUUCGAAAAUAUAAGCCUAUCGAAAAUGGGUAUCGAAGAUAUCCAAGAUGUUUGGUAAGAAACGAUCGAUAUUAGUUUAGUCGUUGCGUUACUUUAACUUAAUUGACACUAGUUUACGUAACUAACGUUCAUCGAUAUCUUUGACACGUCGAGACGAUGAGAAAACGAGUGUGUAAAUACGUAUUCCCAAAAUCAAACGCAAAGAUAAUUUUGUUAUGGAAUUGAUCGACGACGUAUUGAAUUUUAAAACUGCUCUUCUAUCAGAGGCGGGAAAUGCGACUUGUCGUAUUUUAACCUGUAGUCCUCAUAUACGUAGAAGAGAAAAAUAUUACGAGAUUAGCAUAGCGAAGAAGAACAUCGUGGACAGCACCGCUGUAAAUUGACGAUCGUAAUUGACUAUUCUUAACUUACUGGUCUAUGUUCGCGCUGUACGACACGACAGUGUGUUAUAAUUUCGACGUAUUUUAUCGGUUAUUAUUUUCACGCAUUGCUGUGUAAAUAUCUUCAUUCUGCGACGAUAAUGUUACAAUUCGCUAUUUAUAGAGGAUAAUUGUCAAAGUGAUCGCACAUUGUGAGACUAGAUAGCGUCAUAAUUUGUAAAUAGUAACUUGUACGAUUAUAAUAAAAUGCUACGUGUAAAGAAAUCUAACGGUACAUCGUAACGACGUUUAAUGUAAUAUUGAUAUUUGAAAUUUCUAGGAAAUUGCAAACAGUACUACGUAUAUGAAAAACGUAUUCUCAUUUUGCCCUAUCGGAAACCAAAACUUAGCGUGCCACGACUAAUGUACUACGCGAUUAUAAUCGCCACGGUUAGACAGGUUGAUCGUUCCAUUUAAUCGUUAAUUUUCCCUUAUGAUUAUUUUCCAAGUAAACGUUUAUUUCGAUAUUUCUUCGACCGUUAUCGAUGUAAAACUGAGAAAAGUAAUUGGAUGUAGCAUUACGUUCGUAACAUUCUGUUGUUUCUCAAAAUUUUCCUGUUAAAAAUAUUGGAUCCGCACGCUUUCGACGGUUCUCUUGAUUUGAUCGUCAUAGGUUUCUUUGUUCGAUACAAUUACCGAGUAUGUAUUGCGUAUUUAUAUUUGUAUUUUAUACGUUCCUGAUUGUGGGAAUAAAAAUGAACGCUAUUCUUA